AGGCGAUACUCGAGCGCUGUAGAGCUGCUCUAGGGUUACGGUAUUGCCUCCCUGAUCGAGCGCAGAGCCAUGGACGGGAAACUGAAGAUCGAUCUUGACAAACUCCCGAUCAAGCGCCUGGAAGCCAUAGACGAGGCCGGAAACGAACAAUUCCCUCCAGACAUCGGUUAUGAGGAAAAGCGGCUCAACAUGAUCCGCCGUAUUGAUUUCUCUCAAGUGAUGGAGAGAGACGCGAAGAAGCAGAAGAGCUCCAAGGAAGCAGUGGGGACCCAGGCUUGGCCGUGGCAGAGCUUGGUGGAGAAUCUGCAGCUGGCCCAACAGGAAUUGUCCAUCAUUCUUGAUCUGAUUAGCACGGUUGAAGCAAAUGAUGCUGUUACAGUUGCUGGGAUGCAAAGGCCAAAGCAAUUACCUCAUGAAUCUUUGUCCGAUAUUGCAGUAUCUGCAGCAACAAAGUUACAACGCCUUCGUCAUCUUGGGAGAUACUUUAAACAAUCUUCUAAAUCUUUGGAGCAGCAGGUGACAAGAGAAGCAAGAUUUUAUGGAUCAUUAAUAAGAUUGCAACAGAACUGGAAAGUGAAAAGACAGCGUAUAGGACUAUCUGGUCCAGGCAGCGAGAGUUUCACAAUUGAUCUUCUUGAUAACUCAACGACAGAUUUGAUUUUGUCAUCUAGGUCAUUGACUUUAUCUACAGUUCGUAUUGAUCGUGAUCCUGCUGGAAUUCUGACCGUACAAUUGCCUUCAAAGUUGUGCCGCUCUUUAUCCGUUGAAUUUCCAGGAUCCCAUUCAAGACGCAAGCAAAAGGGCUUUGUUAAAGGGAAAAUGCUGGAGUCAGGUCUUUAUCCCCAGGAAGGCAAGAAAGAGGUAUUGACAGAUGAAAAUGUUAAUGAACGCGUCAAAGAUUCACAUCUAAUUCUCCGUGAAAUACAUCAGUCAAUCUUUCAAGAGCAGGUUUUUGAUCUGGUAAAUCAUGAGAGCUAUAAUCCCUCACCUGGAGUUAAUGUGAUAGCAAUGCGAGAAGAUCGCUUACAUUUAUCAAUUGGUCAAGAAACUUCUGUGUCCUUAUGCCUCUUACCAUCCAUUGAAGAAGAGUCCACUGGAAGGGUUGAAUCAAAUAAUCAGGCUCAGAUUAGGGAAAAUAGGAUUUCCAGUACCGAUUCAUUAGGUUUAUCAGCAGUGGAUGAAAAUUUUGAUUCUUAUACCAGGAAUUAUCUCAAUUUUCCAGACCCAGUCAGUUUAGAAAUUUUCUUGCAGUAUCUUUUUCAUGACGAUGUAUUUUUAAAAUCCAAAGACAGACGUAAUGAUGGGUGUAAUUUCUUAGGUCAUUUUUGUAUGACAAUUGCCCACAGAAUCUUUUCCAGGAAAGUAUUGUCUUUGCUUGAAGGUCUGGUUGAAGGAAUUCCUUAUCUCCAUUUGCUAUCUCAUCCUACUUGGCAUUCUCGGAUAUCUUCAUGGUCAUUAUCAUUGAAGGUUCCUCAAUCAAUUCUCCGCUCCAGCAGAAGGAUUAAGCCAUCAGGCAGUAAUGAUUUGAAGAGUGGGAUUAGGUCCCAGUUUAACACUAAGGUGGUGGUGAAUGAUGAUCAGAUUAAUGUGAGUGGAGAAGGAACUCCUGGGCUUGUUGGUUCAUUAAGAGGUGAUUACAGUGACAGUUGCUCAAUAAACAGUUAUGGUUGUGAUUUGGUUGAUCUUCCUGUGGCUAUUUUGCAUCAGGUUGCCAACCAGGUCAUUGACUGGCUUCAUGAAGAAGCUCUGAUUGUUGGUAUGAAGGUGAGCAGGGACUUCCUGUGCUUGUACUUUGAUCUGGAGCAGGGGGAGACUCUUGGGCUUGUGGCUAAUGUGGAUGCCGAGGACACCCAUGGCUGUAUCUCGUGGUGGCUGGUUUUUGAUGAUGGUUCCAUGGAAGAGGGAAAGUUAGCAGCAGAGGAUGUCGAGUUUAGAAACCGUAGAUUUCUGGGACACUUGUCUCUGGAGGCAUUGUAUUCUACUCUCAUGGAUCUUGUCGGCUUUUGUGGUUCUGGUGGAAGCCAUUGAUGACCUUUUUGUUUGCUUGAAGGCUGUGUUAUUAUCUUUGUAGAAACCAUGUGGCUUACUUUGAAUCCUGCAGAAAUAUUAAGCCAAAAAAUGCCAAUUUGAUUACUUCUGGAAGCAAAAGAUUUUGCCAAAGUGCUUUAGUCUU